AAGUACGACUUGUUUUGCCAACUAGACAAAGUCCUGUCAAUGGCAAAAUAAUGCAAUUUAUUUAUUGUUUACAUCGGUAUUUCCAUAAUAUUUUGAUGCCAAACAUUCGUCUGUGAUGUGUGACCUUUAUUCUAAUUAUUAAAAAUGUCGUGGCUUAAUUUGAACCAAAGUUUAAACAGCUUGAAAGGACAAAUUACAAACUUCGCUACAGAAGUUUUAUCUGAAAGUGUUGUUCAGGCCAAUAUCGAAGAAGCGACUGAAACUGAAACUUCAGCAAAGAAUCUUGAAGAUAAAUGCCACUAUCUAGAAGCCGAGAAUGCAACACUGAAGAAAUUAACAGAGGAGUUACAGGCAACACUGCAACAUGAGAGACUCUCUCGAAAAAAUGGCGUCAAGGAAGAUGAUUCGAGUUGGCAUUGGACUCCAUCACCCCAGACAUCAGAAACACUCGAUCAUGAUACUGAAAAGCAAUACAAAUUACAAAUACAGGCGUUACAGAAUGAACUAUACAACAUGAGAGAACGGGAUAUUACAGAGCAGGGAUCGGAUAACGAUGUAGAACUCAAUCGACUUCGUGAAGAAAAUAAAAAUUUAACUUGUAGUCUCGAAGACUUAGACAAUCAACAUCAGAUAGCGAUAGACAGAUUGCUCACUCUAAAGAAAGAGCUGCAAAAGAAUUUCGAAGUCCUUAAAAGUGAGUACGAAGAGCUCAAAAAUUCUAAUGAUGAAUACACGACGGAAAUAAAAUCCCUUCUUUAUAAAAUUGGUGAAAGAGACCAACAAAUAGAGAUUCUAAAAGCCGUUCAACCUGAUUACGAUACUUUGCAUCACAAGUAUCAGAAUUUAGAAAGAAUUCACAGUUUGUUAAGAGAAAAUGCAGAGAAAUUUCAAGAAGAAAAUCAAGAAUUACACGAGGAAAUUUUUAAAUUACAGGAGCAAGUCACGAAGCUAGAUCAUGAUUUGGAGAUCUCAAAUAAACACAAUGAAGCACUCAUGGUCCCUAAAGAAAAAUAUGACGAACUUUUAAAAGAAAUUAAUGAACUCAAACACAGACGUGAUUCAAACCAAAUGCAUCUAGAUGAAAUAAAUAUAGACGAUAAUGCUAAAAGUGUUAUUGAAACUUUGAAAAGGGAUAUCAGUGAACUUAAACGUAAAUUAGCCCAAAAAGAUUCUGAAAAUCAAAAUAGCACAGAAAUUAAAGUUCUAAAACCUGAUAAAAUAACGCAACUGUAUAAUCGUUAUGUUACUUUUGAUUUACCAGUAGAUUACGUUGGUGAAAUGCCUUCUUGUACUGAAAAUAUUGUUAUGCAAAAAUUAGAAAAUGUGUUCAAAACUUUGAAUGCUUAUAAAAAAGAUUUGGACCAUUUGCAACAGAAACUUUCGGAGAAAAAGUUAAAUAGCAAUAAUUUACAGACACAAAUAGAUGACUUAGCCACUGAAAAUGAAUAUCUGACAUCUGACAUACAACAUCUUGAAGGUGAAUUAGAAGAAAUGAAGAAAAAUAACGAUUUCUUAAUAUCAGAGAUUGCCGCUUUAAAAAACACGUCGAAACUGGAGCCAAUUAUAGAAACACAUGAGGAUAACCUCGUUAAAUUAGAAACAGAAUUAGCUGAUUGUAACCGAAUUAACAAAACAUUUGAAUCUGAAAUUAAAAGAAUAGAAAAUGAACUCAAAGAAGUACAAAGCCAAAAGAAAAUAUUACAAGAAAGCCUUAAUGACAUGAAAAAUAAAUACAUGUCUAUGCUCGAUGAAUUAAAAAUAUGUAAAACUCAGACAGAUGCUGUUAACGAGCUCGAAAAUAAUACAAAUGCUAAUCAUGAUAUAAAACUUCAGAAAACAAUAGAUGAAAUAGAUAAUUUGAAAAAACAUUUAAACUCUGCUAACUCAAAGAAUGAACAACUUUCUAUCGAUAUACAUAUUAUUGAGAACGAUAAAGUAUUACUUAAUAAACAAGUGGAAGACCUACAAAAAGAAAUACAAGGUAAAACAACUUCUAAUAAAGAAAUGGAAUCAACUAUAAUAAACUUAGAGCAUAAAUUAAAAGACAUUCAAAAUAAAACAGACGAAAUCCUGCAGGAAAAAAAUUACCUUGAAAAAGAGAAUGAAACCUUAAAACAAAAAUUUGCAGAAAAUAACACAUUAGUUUCUUCUUCUACAGACGUUGAAAAAAUAUUAACUGAAAAGAACGAAAUAGCAAAUAAGUUAAAAGAAAUGGCCAAACAUAAUGACACGUUGGAUGAAAAAAUUAAACUACUUUCCAAUGAAAUAGCAAACUUCAAAAAGGAACAAGAAGAAUUAAUUAAUGAAAAUAAUUAUUUACAUAAGAAAACUAUGGAUGAUACCCAAAGUAUAAUUCAGCUUCAAGCUACUGUUAAUGACUUAAAAACAAAAACUAAUCAAUUGGAUAGUAUCAAUAACGAAUUGCUUAUAGCUAAAGAAGAGAAUGAGGUUCUGAGGGACAAAAAACUUAAGCUUGAAGUUGAAUUAUCAACUACAGAUAGCAAAAUCGUACAAUUAGAAGAAGAAUUUCAAAAACUUAUAACAGAUCUCAAUGAAAAAGAUUCGAUAAUAGAUAACCUUAACUCGACGGUGAAUAAAAACAACAACGAAAUUUCAUAUCUAAGUCAAAAUGUGACAGACCUUGAGAAAAGUGUUCAAAUUAAAGAUCAAGAAAUUGGACAUCUCCGAAAUUCUCUCGACGAGGUGACUCAGAAGUUAAACCGCAACGGUCUUGCCUCUAACCUAAGUCACGAGGAGCUACAAAAAUUACAUACAGAAAAAGAAGAAAUAAAUAAACAAAUAUAUGGACUGAAUGAUGAAAUUAACAAUAAAAAUAUAGAAAUAUCGAAAUUAACAAGUCAUCUUCAGGAAUUCGAAAAAUCUUAUGCGGAAAUGAAAUUUACCAUAGAUAAUAAAGACAAGCAAAUAAAGGAGCUAAACCAAUCGAUAGUGGAAUUAACUGAUAAAAUAAAAGCAUCCGAAAAUACCACACUGCCAAAUGACGAAUAUGCAAAAUUACUAGAAGAAAAACAAGGCGUAGAGAGAUUAGUAAGAGAAGUAAGAAACAGCUUAGAUAUUAAAGAAAAAGAGUUAUUGGAUGUAACAAGUAAAGCAACCGCCUUAGAAAAUGCAUGCGCGGAAUUUAAAGUUAUUAUAGAUAAUGCAACAGUUGAAAAAAACGAAUUAAUUAAGUUAGUUAAUAUGAAACAUAACGAAAGCAUACAAUAUCAUAACGAAAUUCAGAGGUUGAAUCAUGUUUUACUUGAACAGAAUACUGAGUUUAAGAGAAUCAUUGAGGAAAAAGACACGUUAUUAAGGGAUCGUUCAAAUAACUGUACCAAUUGUGAAACUAUACGUCAAACACUCAAAGAGAAAGAUGAAAUAAUAGUAGCUUUGAAUCAAAGAACGAAUGAACCCGAACGACUCAAAGUUGAGUUAGCUAAUACAAGUGAUACUGUACAAAAUUUAACUAAAAGAUGCGAAGAUUUGAAUAAAAGUUUGACAAUACAAUUGGACAUUGUAAAGAAAUUGACGGCAGAAAAUAUGCAGUUGUCAGAUCAAGAGCAGAGUUCGUCGCGAGAGCUGGAAAGGUUACGUCAUCAUCUAGUUGAAAUGGAAGAGAAUUAUAUGCAGGAGCUAAUGACGUCAGAGCACAAGCUCACCGAAUGUCAAACCAGAUUACAUCAAGUCGAAGAAAGGGCUAAGCAGACGAGCACCGUGUACACUAGCAAUAGUAUCCGAGCAAACCAAGAAGUAGAAACUUUGAGGAAUCAAAUCAAACUAUUAGAGAAACAACGUGAGGAAGUCCAAGCGAGGCUGAGCGAAGCAGAAGACGCUAGAAGCAGAAGUGAAGCUGCUCUUACGAACUUGCAAGUAGUUUUAGAACAGUUCCAGUUAGACAAAGAAAGAGAUAUCCAUUCCGCAACAGAAAAAGUGAGAAACCAGAUGGAGGACAUUAAACGUCACAAUGAAAUUCUACAGCAGGAAAUAGCAAGGUUAAACGGCAAGCUAGAAGAAUCAAUAGCUGGCCUUCAAGCUGCGACUAGACUUGGUGAUCAAGUUGAAACUAAGUCAGCACAGAUAAACGAUUUAAAGGAUCAAGUUCGCACCCUCCAAGCAUCGGUAACGGCGGCCGAGGAACGUUAUUACAACGCGAUAUCGAACCAGCAGGACAGAGUCGAUAAGAACUUAGUUAAGAACCUUGUUAUCAACUACGUCCUAACAGCGGGACAAAACAGUCUCAACAGAACACAAAUUCUCCGAAUUCUGUCAACGGUGUUAGAUUUCAAUCAGACGGAAUGUGAAAAGUUAGGACUCGUCCGAUCGGCCAACCAAGGAGACAGUUUGGCUGCUGAGUUUGUGAAGUUCCUGCAGAAUGAGUCUAGACCGAGGGCGCAGCUGCCCGACAUGAUGGGUCUGCAAGGGGGGAGAGCGUCCGUGUCUAGUUCCAGGAAAAGUUCAACCAUUGGUCCCAAUCCAGUUUUCGAAAUCGGUCACAGAAGGAAUCCAUCGACGGGUUCAAAUAAUUUACUAUUCCAAAACUUGGAUUCAAUGGACUCAGCCUCUCAGGCGUCUGUGGAUUCUGAAGCCAGGGCCAUUCCAGUAAAUACACUGGACACGGGAAUAAAUCAGACCAGGAACAAUGAGGGUGCAAUAUUGAAGCAUGUUUUGAAGGAUAUGUGAUAUUUGUAAUGUAAUUAACGUUCAUUUCCGACGCCAUUAUUUAUUAUAUUCGAAUUAAAGUGUUAUAUAUGUUAAUAAGAUUUGUUAUAAAUACAAUCCGAAUGUGUCAUCUGUUAUUUUACUCUUGAUUUAAAACCGAUAUUUAAUCUGUGUUUAUAUUAAUUCCAUGUUAAUAUUGU